AAUGGGGGUUGCUAUGGUGACGUCCCUUGCCUUGUCGAACAUGAUGUCGUGUGUGAGAAGACACAUACCCUUCCCUCAUCCAGUUUAUCUGUACUUAAUAUGAGUGCAAUCACAUGGUAAUGAACAGACAAGAACUAGGCAGUUCUCCUGUCCUCCCGGAUCCAGAACCUCCGACGGACUUUGUUUGGAGUGCUCAGACGCAGCUUUCCUCCCAGCACCGUCCUCGGUCAGUCGUUUUCUCAUCGAGGGUAAUCUGUAGCCAACCAGAUACCUUCUGCGAUAACUGUACCUGGCCCAGUGUCAGUCAACCCGAGUCCAUCUAUGCACCAGCCGUGGAACAGCGUUGGAUGUCGCGGGAACAGCCCGAUAUACACAGCACAGAAGCACAGUGGCCAUUUUCUCACGAUGAGUCAAAUUCUUCCCCGUGCUGCACUCCACUGUCGUCCACAAUCCACUUAAGCAGCCAGAAUGGUCAGGGUACGUCCACAAGUUACUCCUACCAUGAUAAUCAUCCAUCAACCUCUCUGGCAACAAGAUACCAAGGUCUGUACGAACUAGCAAGAGAUUUAGAUCGUCUUCCUCCACAUUCUGAAUUUGGAAGUGGCUCAAGCCAGAGUCAACCAUUGUCCACACUGACAACUGCAUAUCAGGAUCUGUAUGAGAGAGCAAGGAUAGAGCUGGAUAACAAUCCACCUAGUGAUCAGUCAGACUCAAGCAAUGGUCAGCUACCAUCCUCCUCCUCUCAGAAUGAAAACAGAAUUGACUUUGAGAGUGACUCAAGCCAGGAGCUACCUGCUCCUGGUGAUUUCCCAGAAGAGAAUCAUUCAUCAGGAUCAGGCUCUUUCCAGGGACCACCUCCUUCUUAUGAUAGUGGCUAUGAUGACACCAUUUCUGGAGAUCACAGACUUGAGGUUAUUGAACAAGAGGUCAUGCUACAUCCACACCAGCCAGGUCCCAUGGCCCAAAUUUACAGAGGUGAUGUUGAGCAAGUUCUCGUGAUAGAAGUAGUCCCAGCUGUGCCACAGAUCCAUGCAGAGCCAGCCAACCAGAAUCCAUUGACUCUUCCAGUGCAACAGAAUCGUCCUAUUGAUCAAAGAAAUGUAUCUUCACAGACCUCUCAACUGCAUCUCACCCUCAACAGGGCUGCGUUUGAUUGCCGUUUGACUCAGAGUGGAGGCUCCUGCUCAUCAACAGACGAGCCUUCUCAUGGCACCCUUAGCACGGCACCCUCAACCUCUAGAUUGGUUCAUAGAGACAACUCUCUGAGCAAUGGCUCGCUCACUGAGAAUGUCAAUCUCAGGAGCUACAAGGCCAGACAAGAGCCAAAAGCCUCUCCCAUCAUCAUUAACUCCAACAGCAGUCAAGAUGGUGUCUGCAGACAGGUGAACACUUGCAGCAACAGCCUCUCACCAUCUGGUGACUCCAGCACUGCCCCAUCCACAGCAGAUGUCUUCACAACUACAAGCAGUGGUUCUGAGUCUGUUGCUUUCUUUCCAGUACCACCCAAUGCAUCUUCCCUUACAGUAGUUUCUUCUCAGAGAUGCCACUUGGCUGAUAUAACAACAAAGGUAAACAUGUAUAUGUAUGAACUGUCCAAUGUUGAUCCAUCAACCUCACACACCCCUUCAACCUCAAACGGGGCAAAGAGAGCUCACUCUGAGAUAGAAGCUGAUGAUGAGGCAACGCAGAAUGGAUUUCCUGACAUCAGCCAAGAUGACAGAAUACUCAGAAGAAUGAGCAGAGUAAGGAGAAGUCGAAGGGACAGGAAUGAGAUAAGGGUCAUCAAUGGAAUCAAUAGGCACAUUGAGGAGCCCUGCAACAAGCUCCCUCUGCCUAAGAGAAAGAGAAGCCUGUCUCCCUCUGUUUGGGGAUACAGAAGAGCCAGGACAGGAGUAGAUAGAUGGCAACAGACAGCAUCAGGACAUGAUCUCAGGAUCGCAUCUGGAAGUCCCCCAGUAUCUAGAGAAAGCUGUCUCCAAGAGGUACAUGCAUAUGCAGAAAGUGCCAUGCAUGACACAAAUGACUGCCAUCAGACACAGACAUCUGGGCAUGACACCGGAUCUGGAAGUGACUCAGACGGAAGUCUCCAGAAGGUUCAGGCAGAACCCAACAGGCCAGAGUCACCAGUCUUGCAAUCAAGGAAAAGGAAACUCCCCACAGCUCAUGCUGUGGAAGAUGCUGCAACCAAGAAGUCAAAGAAAGGUCCGGAGAUGGCACAAAGACCGGAGAAAACGACCAACAAGGUCUUUCAAAAUUUGUGCUCUUGAACAUUAAGAACUAUAGUGAACUUUGCAGGUUAUGGUGUUACCUGUAUUGGUUUGGCUAAUCAUUAGUUAAAUAACACCCAUUCGAUUACUUCCUGAUAUAUAUGUCAUUCUAUGAAUUUGGUAGAACCAUGUUUAAAAGGCUGGCAUUUCAAUAUCAAAAUCAUUAGGGCAGAUCUAAAUUUGAAACCUGGGCUUCGAAAGAAAUUGUCGUUCAUUAGUUAAUUAAUGCCUGUUCAAUAUCUUCUUUACACAGUAUAAGUUGGGUAGAAUCAUGUUUAUAGCUAUAGUCUGUAUGUCAAAAUCCCUACAGAUCUAAAUUUGAAGCCAGGGCUUUGAAAGAAGGUUUGUCAGUUUAUAUGAUUAUGUUUGUGUUAUCUGAUAAUGUACCUUGUUAUUGAUUUUACAUUUGACAAUGAGCAAUGCAAACGAUGUGUUACAAUUACUGCUUGGAAGUGACAACCGUGCCCAGGCCAAAUGUUUUCUGUGCAAUACAUUUCAUUUCAGUUAAAUAUAUACCAGUAUGAUUGCUGCAGAAGAGGGAUGAGUUCUUCAUGAGCAUACCAAACGAUAUAGAUGUGUACAGGACUAUAUAGCAUAUAUAUAUCUAUCUAUCUAUUUUUUACACUUGUUUAAUGUACUUGUAUAUAUGUAUCAUGUAGAUGGAUGUUGUGAAUACUCAUGUUAAAUGAAUGGAGUUUCAAAUGUAAAAGAUAUUAGCAUUUCCGUUGUGAAUGGGUGAGAACAGUAUUUUAUUUCAAUAAAUGUGAUGUACAUGCUGUGAUAAAUAGAUAUACCAUGAUGAAAACAAUAAUCAAAUCUAGAUUAAAUAAACUUGAAACAUUUCAAAAUAAUAAUUUUGAAAAGCAAUUGUUACUGUUUAUCAAUAUCAAAUAUAUUUACAUCUAGGAUGAAACGAAGAAAAUCAUGAAAAUAUUUUUUCUAUACAUAUAUAAAAGAUAUAUCUGUCGAGGUCUAUUGCUUCAACACCAAAAAUAUAAUAUAUUUAUAUAAUGUUGUUGUAUUCUUUGGACUGUAUACAGCCCGGAACAACACGAAUAAAACUUAUA